UCAUAUGUCGUCAGCUUACAUUGUUGUCAUUCGUAUAGUGAGACUGACGCGAGCAAGUAGUAGCUCUCUGUGUGUCGUCUAUAAUUUUUCUAAACGCGAUCAUUUACUGUUAGCAAUUAGUAAUUAACAAUUAGUAAUUAACAAUUCGUAAGCGUGUCGAAGCGAUGCUACUUCUCGAAGUAGAUAUUUCGCACGAUUUAUGCAUAUAUAUUCAUAUCCAUUUAAAGCGUAAUACAAUAAUCUCGCGAAAUUCGUGUUCGAAAUGUAUCGCGCGUGUAAUACUACAUUUCGAUUGCAUUUUCGGACGAUCCAAUGUGUCAUUAAGUUAUAAAUAGUCAUUACAUAAUAUUCUGUAGCAAUAUAAUAAAGUAAGCGUUGUGUGCGAUUAAUGUUGAAAGUGCAAAGUGAUAGGCAAAGUUUUAUACAAUCAUUAUAUUUUGCUGAUUAAAUGCCGCGCGAUUAUAAUUAAUCGUGUUUUCGCAAGUGAGUACGUACGUCAUAUGAGUAUCGUGAAGGAGCAGCAAAGAAUGAACGAGAGAAGAGAAGAAGAGGCUCUCGGGGAGCAACGGCAAGACAAUCGUGGGGGUCCACCGCAGCCUGGGCAGCCGUUCAAAUUUUCUGUCGGCGAAUCCUGUGAUCGUAUCAAGGAGGAGUUCAAUUUCUUGCAGGCUCAAUAUCAUAGUAUUAAGUUGGAGCUGGAGAAACUCGCCCAGGAGAAGACGGAGAUGCAGCGCCACUAUGUCAUGUAUUACGAGAUGUCGUACGGGCUUAAUGUGGAGAUGCACAAACAGACGGAGAUAGCGAAAAGGUUGAACGCCAUCAUCGCACAGAUCCUGCCGUUUCUCUCGCAGGAGCAUCAACAGCAAGUCGCCACGGCGGUCGACAGAGCCAAACAAGUGACCAUGACCGAGCUAAACACCAUCAUCGGGCAACAGAGGCCCGACUUGCCGAGACUGCUGCAGCAGAUGCAUGCCCAGCAAUUGCCGCCUGGCGCGGCGAUGGGACCACAUCCGGGUAUACCCGGACUUCCUGGAUUGGGCCCUGGUGCCGGUAUACCGGUCCCCACCUCUGCGUCCGCGGCCCUUCUCGGUUUGGGUCUUCCACCGGGAGCGGCCGCAACUCCGGGAGGUACUGCCGCGCAUCCAUUGUCGAUGCUGACGAAACCGGAUCUUCAUCGAGGUCAGCCUGACGAUCUCAAGCCUAACGGAGGUCUCAAUCCAGCCGAGGAGAGACAUAGAAAUUCGAUAUCGCCCGCGGAGCGAGAGAAAUACAGGCCGCGCAGUACGCCCGAUCCGCAGCACGAACAUAUUUUGGGGAAGAAGAUGAAGAAGGAGCACGACAAGGACAUAGGCCAUCAAAGCGAUGGUGAAAAGAGCGACCAAGACCUGGUGGUCGACGAUGCGAGCGAGGGUCCGACCAGUCCAGCGGCGAACGGCACCGCGUCGCCGAGGGAAAAUGGUCUCGACAAGCUAGGCCCGUCUUCGGUACCUCUAAGUGGUCAGGUAAAGAAGGAGGUACCACCGCCGUCGCCUAGAAGCGGUACCAGUAGUAACGCGAGCACUCCUUCGGCCAAGAAAAUGGAGGAACGCGAAAAACCGACGACGCCGAUUUCGAAACCGGUUACACCCACGUCGGCAGGUGGUAGCAGUUCUGGUUCCGGUGGCCUGAAACCAUCGAGUUCUAGCAAACCGCUGGUCUCGGCCUCGGUGGUCGGUCCUUAUCCUCCGCAUUAUCCUCCACCGCAUCAUCCGCCAGCGGGACCUCACGUGGACAUGCUGGGCUAUCCACCGGCGGCGCUCAACGGCUACCCUGCGAGACCACCUCUUCAACAGCUCUACGAUCCCCACGCCAGCAUGAGAGCGCCGCUCGGACCGCUCGGCGUGCCUCCCGGCGGCAAGCCCAGUGCGUACAGUUUUCACGUGUCUAGCGAAGGCCAGAUGCAGCCGGUGCCGUUUCCGCAGGACGCACUCAUUGGCCCGGGCAUACCACGUCAUGCGCGUCAAAUAAACACGCUCACUCACGGCGAGGUGGUCUGCGCCGUGACAAUCUCGAAUCCAACCAAGUAUGUCUAUACCGGUGGCAAGGGCUGCGUGAAGGUGUGGGACAUCAGUCAGGGCGGUAGCGGUAGCGCGAAGCCAGUCUCCCAGCUCGAUUGCUUGCAACGGGACAACUACAUCAGGUCGGUGAAACUGCUGCCUGAUGGUAGAACGCUGAUUGUGGGCGGCGAGGCGAGUAAUCUUAGCAUCUGGGAUUUGGCGAGCCCGACGCCAAGAAUCAAGGCCGAAUUGACCUCCUCUGCUCCGGCGUGUUACGCCUUAGCUAUAUCGCCGGACUCGAAGGUUUGCUUCAGCUGCUGUAGCGAUGGCAACAUCGCCGUGUGGGAUCUGCAGAAUCAGACAUUGGUUAGACAAUUCCAAGGUCACACGGACGGCGCCUCGUGCAUCGAUAUCUCCGCCGAUGGCUCGAAACUCUGGACAGGCGGUCUGGACAACACCGUGCGCUCCUGGGACCUCCGGGAAGGCAGGCAACUCCAGCAGCACGACUUCACGUCUCAGAUAUUCUCCUUGGGAUAUUGCCCGACGGGCGAAUGGUUGGCCGUGGGUAUGGAAAAUUCGAAUGUCGAGGUACUCCACGCCACAAAACCAGACAAGUAUCAGCUGCAUCUGCACGAGUCUUGCGUGUUGUCGUUACGCUUCGCUUCGUGUGGCAAAUGGUUCGUCUCCACUGGCAAAGACAAUUUACUUAAUGCGUGGCGCACGCCGUACGGGGCCUCGAUUUUCCAGUCGAAAGAGUCAUCCUCGGUGCUCAGCUGCGAUAUUUCUACGGACGAUAAGUACAUCGUGACAGGAUCCGGCGACAAGAAAGCCACCGUCUAUGAAGUGAUAUAUUGAACCACACGUUGACUCGACGAUACAUUUGAACACUUACGCAACAUCGAUUAACGUUUCUUGUGACACUCAGUGUGAUCGAUUUAUGACAGAGGAAUUGAAAAAAGAAAAUUAAUUUCUUGUAUGCGAAAUGUGACUUGUAUUUCAAGAAGUUGUACGGCGAAGUAAUUGAAUUAAUUUGACAAGACUUGGUCGAUGUACUAUGGUCGCUAUAUUCAACAGGAAUCCGAGUUAAAUACCACGUUUCUGGUAAUGAGUUCUUAAAAUAGUCAAAUUACCAGGAAAUGGUAUGUAAAAACAUUAUGGAGAUAUAUAAUUAUAUAUAAAAGUUACGCAACAUUGAUUAAAGUUUUUCGUGACACUCAGUGUGAUUGAUUUAUGAUGGAGGAUUUAUGGCGUCUAGCUGUAUAAAAUUGUAUAGAGUCUAUGAUCGUAAGUAGUAUGAAGCGAAUGAAAUAUGACAGGAACAAAUGCGUGUAAGUACCCUCCGACUGUAUUUAACGUGGGAGGCGAUAUGAAAUCGCUUGUGUAAUAUGUUACUGAUGUAAUAUAGAGUCAUUACAAUUAGGUUCUUUUGUGCGUGCGCGAUUGCGAGGGGAAAUGGAGCGAGGAAUCGAGCGCGUUUCGUCAAACGAGAUCGUUCUCAUGCAGUAACGACGAAAUGUAUGUACACCGCGGUGAAAUACCUGAAUACGUACGGAAUGCUGUUCUAGUGUCGUAGACUUGUCAAAAUAGGGAUGUGUAUGUUGUGUCGCAGAAUUAUACAUAAUAUAUUGAGCACACAUGUAGACAGACUGUUUACGUCAUGUAGCGGAGGAAUUGUAGGGCUAUGAGAAAUCGAUAAGCAUCGAUCACGCUAACAGUGUUGAACGUACAUCAACGCGCAUGUUCAUCGGCAUCGAAGCCAAUAAUGUGAUCUUUGACAUUUCUACCACCGACAAGAGAAAUAAUUUGUACUUAUUACACUUUCAGUUUUAAAUAACGAUUCUUUCAUAAUUAUAUGGCACUGUUGCGUCUGCCGUUAAGACUUUAUUGUAAUUGAGAUUUUAUAAACGUGUCGCGCGAAUGGAGACAGUGAUAAAAAAAAAAAAAAAAAAAAAAAAAAAAAA